AUGACUAGAUCGGCAAGAUUGGCCAUCAUACCGAACGAUGCGGCUAUGGCAAGGCUCUAUGGUCUACCCAAAGUUCGCAAGGAUGGUGCUCCCCUUCGUCCAAUCGUGUCAGUGCACGACACACCCAUUAUUAACCAGACCAAAUGGAUGUUCCGACGCUUGAACCCUGUCACCUUGGGCUCCGAUACGACAGUCCGACUAGCCACGGAUUUCCUGGAGAAACUCACUGGGUUACAACUCGAGAUAGAUGACAUCAUCAUAUUAUUCGACGUCACCUUACUUUCACCUCGAUCCUACAGAGCCGGGCCAUUUAAACUGUAA